GUUUGAUUUUCUGGCCUCAUCUCAUGGCCUUCUGGCUGGUGUGAGAGGAAGCGGCUGCCGACGCAGCCCGGGCACCUGGGCAUGGAGCAGUGUGCUACCACAGCACCUGCGGAAAGCAUCCUUAUCGCCCCGACCGAGUCGCUAUUUUUUGUCCCUUCGACUCGCAGUAACACAGUAUCUUCCUCGUCUGUAGCAGCAACAAUACCCGACAUUCGCUCCCCCCAGCGGCCGAUAACGGCGACACGUCGAAAACGUCCCUUUCACUUCCACGCCCGUCGGCUGCUAUGCUGCUACGUCGGAGCAGCGAGCGGAAACCGCCGCGCCGCUAUCGGGGCGGCCGAAGUUGGGGGGACAGUGACUCUGACAGUACCAGUGACAGCGCGUCGGGCGAGACUUUAACCUCACCACCCACUUCCACUUCCACUUCUUCCUCUCCUCCUACGCUCGCACAUCACCAGCGCAACAACGCCACGCCCCGUACCGGCAUCUCGCGUACGGUGCAAUCCGCCGCUCAGCUACAGCUAGUGCGAAAGUCGAGUAACAGUUUUUCUCCGCGUGAGAGCUCGUCGCCUUCUACACUGCUGCAGUCACAACAACGGCCGUCGCCCUCGUUGUUCGUCGCGCCCUUUUCAGCUGCGACUCGCAACGUCAGCGUCACCGCAGCGUCGACACAGAAGAGCGAUUCCAGAUUGUCGCGCCACAGCGCUGAUUCAAUGGUGAACAAUCGUACGGUGAGGAAGCUGGCGCCCGCGCAGGAGAUGGAGGCGCGAGAGCUUGGGGAUGGGACCUCUGGGGGUGAGGUGAGGCGCUCUGCUAAGGGCGGAAAGAAGAUUGCGCAGAAAGACAAGUGGGUCGGCGUACCGAAUCUGAGCCUCGGCGCACCCGCAGCCUUCCCGUCGAUAGACCCUAGCAUGGUAAUGCUCGAAGAGCCCGCGGGCGAGAGGUAUCAUAUCAAGAUGCUGGUAGAUGACAGGGCGAGCAGCAACGCUGAGAAGAGGGAGGCUAGCUACGCGGUCGUCGAGAGGAUGUACGCCUGCGAGGGCGAUUUCCCGGACAUGAGCGAGGAAGAGAAGAAUUGGUAUGCGGAGCUCAAGAGCAUGCCGAUGGACGAAGAUGCUGCGCGCAAGAUCGCUUUCGCCUCCCUUUGGCCCAUCCUCCGCCAAGCCAUCAUUGACUCUAUCCUACAAACCUGCGAGGCCUUCUUGACCUACCAGAGCGCAUACUUCCCCGUCAGGAUCCUCCUCGGCCUCGAAAUGGAUGCAAUCAGCGCGAUCAUGCACGAGAACAUCGCCUUCGCCAAUUCGCAGUUCAUCCCUGCUGAGCUCCUGCAAUACAAACAGUCGCAUCCCGACGAGAUCGUUGACCCGGAUACCCCUCCAAGCAGGGAGAUUGUGCGAGCGAUCCAGUACCUAAUGCAGGAGCGGCUGCCCGGGAGCUUGCUGGGAGAGUGGCAGUUUCCGCUGCCGGAGUUGCAGACCUUCCACGAGCUCAUGAGAGAGUUGAACCCCUCGCAUUGGUCCGUUCAUGGCAAGACUGGCCACCACGGUUCCGCGGCGGAGGGAUCGUAUGAAGAGGAGUAUACCGAAGAUGAAGAGAGCGAUAUGAUGAGCUCGACCGCUCCGGGCAAGAAAAGCCUGGUUGUGGUCCUGGAGAUCGACUCGAUGCGCCUGGCGAGGUUGGACAAGUGGGGAACUGGCAGCAUCCAAUCUGAGGGCCCACAGACCGCGCAGAACGACAAGAAGCGAAAGCGAGACCCGCCCGCCGAUCCUGCCCUCAGCCCGUACGUACUAAGCGAGGAAGAUGGGACGCCAGCGAAGAAACAGAAGAAACAGAAGUCGGAGCUCCUUCCCGUCGAGGACGCGGGUGUCGAGCCGUUGAGUGCCAUGAACAAGCAGUCGCCCAUCACCCCAGCGCUUAGUCUGGCACGGGGAGAUGAGAUCAUGCAGGAUGAAGAGAGCGUGGUCGAAAUGCCACCACCGAAGAAAAAGUCGGAGCUCCUUCCGGCCAAGAAGGCGGACACAUCAUCAAUGAAGGGAAUAAACCAGAGCCCGCCUGCCAAUCCAGCUCUUGGCCCGGCGCAUGGAGGCAAAGCAAUUCAGAAUCAGGACACCGUAGGGGGACUUCAGCCACCGAAGAAGCAGACGUCGCAGCCCUUUCCAGUCAAGAAGGCAGACAUGCACGCAUUGAAGGACAUCAACAAGCACAUUCAACCGGGCGGUUCGGCACCCAAGCAUCGAGUCAAUCAGACCGAGGAGAACGUGGUAGAAAUGCCACCACCAAAGACGAAGAAUCCUCAGCUCCUUCCAGCCAAGAAAGCGGAUAUACAGCAACCGAAGGAUCUCAGCAAGCACAAUGAACCGCUCGGCUCGACACAGGGAGGCAUAUUCAAUCAGCAUGAGCAGAACUCGAUGCAAAUGCCGCCACCAAAGAUGAAGAAUUCGCAGCUCCUUCCCGUCAAGAAGGCAGACUUCGAUCAGAUGAAAGGAACGAAGAAGCGCCCUGCCCCAACCGAGACACAAGGACAGGCAGAGCGGGCCAUGAAGAAACAGAAGACCAUGCCGCCAGGAUUUCACCCGCCAGCGAAGCGACCUGCUCAUGUAUCAGGCAAAGUUCGUCCGUCUCCGAACCCAGCACGGCCACCCCCACCAAUCCCAAUGUCGGCCACGGUCGUGGAUCUCACACAGGACGAUCAACCUAUCCAUACCGCACCAGCCGGCAAGGCUCAUCCUCGCAUUUUCGCUCAGGUCGAUACGAUGAGGGGCUUGUCCUCCGCCAGCAGGGAAGAGCAGCUGGCUUUAGUCCAGGAUCUACAACGCAGGGGAUAUCGGUUCUCUCAGGGCCCAUAUGGAUCGUCAGGAGCGUCUACUCUAAAUGGGAUCGCACCACCGCCGGCCCAGGCUAUACACAAAAACGCUCCGCGUAUGGGAGGUCCCCAAGCUAAGGGGCAACAGGCACCCCAAGGCCACCACGGACCAUCAAGAACUUCCACUCAGAAGGGCGUCGCACCAGCGCCGACCCCGGCUAUGCGUAAGAGCGCACCUCGUAUGGAUGGACCGCAGGCAAGGUCUUAUCAAGGCCAACGAGCGCCAUCAAAUCACCCGGGUCAGAAUGGGCUUCAAUCGUAUUCGCCGGCUCAGAUUUACCAGCUUCAAGAAGCGGCGAGACUUCAGGCGAGGCAAACUGCUCAACAUCACCAUCCUCAACUGGCCCAUCAGCAUGCUCAGGAUCAACAACGAAACCAGGCUACUCAAUCAUCUCCGGCCUUCAGCCCUUCCUUUCCCGCGACGUCGGGUGCCGAGCACGGUCGGGGUGGCUUUCCUUUCCAAGGGUCGUCUGGCGUUCAGCAUAGUCCUGCACAGCAGCAGCAGUCUCCAUACGGUGCAGUGUCUAACCAGACAAUGCAGCACCGUCAGCGCAUUGGCUACUUCGGAUCUCAGGUCGACAUGGACCCAGACAUGAGACGACUCUUCCAGGAGACUGGGCGUCACCCGCAGUUCUCCAACAUCACCGCUCCACACUUCCCACGACCAGCGUAUCUGGAUGGGAACUCUGAGGAUCGACAGCAUCGCACGCCUUACAAGUCACCGCAGACUCCGCAUAUGGUUCCAAGCCAACAACAAUAUCGUGGGCAACAGCUCCCACCGCAGAGUGGAGCAAAGCAACACAGUUACUCUAGGAACCAAAGCGCGAAUUCGCACUUGCAACAGCCUCAAGCAUACCCUUACUUGCCUUCACAGGCACAGGACGAACUUGCCCGUGAGCGGGCUAUGCGACUGACCCAACUCCGCAUGGGCGAGCCUCAGGGAGCCAGCCUUUCCCAGAAAUCCACACGUCCCCCGUCAAUGGCUCCUCGGGCACAGGACCAACCUGCCCGUGAGCGGGCUAUGCGACAGCACCAAGCCCGUAUGAGCGAGUCUGUAGCAGCUAGUCCUUUCCAGCACUCUGCAGGUUCCCCGGCAAUGACUUCUCAGGCACAAGACGAACUUGCCCGUGAGCGGGCUAUGCGGCUGAACCAAGCGCGCAUGGGCGAGCCUAUGGGGGCCAGUCUUUCCCAGCAACCUGGACAUUCCCUGUCGUUGACUCCAGACGCUAUGCGACAGCACCAAGCCCGCAUGAGCGAGCCUCUGGGAGCCGGUGUUUUCCAGCAACCCACACGUUCUCCGUCAAUGAUUCCAGGAAACGGCAGCAACGGCAGCAACGGCGGAGUGACUGUCAACAGCGUCCAAGACGGGACCAAUUGGACGUACGAUGACCUGCUUUUCAUGGCUCCGGAUCCGAGCAUGAUGAUGGCGAUUGAGUUGGAUGAACUGGAUCAGGCGAUGGGGCUGAGUGCGCCGAUGGAGCGAAUUGACUCCGGGACGGGAUACGAGGAUUGGAAUUUCGGGGUCGAUGAGAAGAGGAGGACGUAG